AUGGCUUUUUUGCUCAAGAUCACUCUUCUUGUAUCAUCCAUCGUCAUAGCCAAUGCAAUAACAGUCGAUGUGCGAAAACCCGAGGAAGUCCUACCGACUUAUACCUCCCUGCUUCAGUAUGAAAAUAUUGAAUUUGAGAAGCGAAAUCGUAAUUCCUCGGUUCAUCUGGUACUUUCGUUCGUCGUCGCUGGCUUACAAGGUCCGGACUUCUCCCUUACGUGGCUUUUAAACGGCGAAGCUUUGACGCUUCAGGACCAGAGCAGCCGGGCCACCCUGUACGCCGUAAAGAACUACGAUACCGCUGCACAAAAGGCAAGUGUGGAGUUGCAUCUGAAGGACAGCGCCGCACCAAUCUUACCGAUUUACUCGAAACCGAAGCGCGUCCUUCAAGGAGAUCCUCUGCGUCUCUCCUGCAAAGUAUCUGUUUGGCCCCUUCCUCCUAACGUCAAUUGGAGCUUCCAUCCUAUCGAUGUAGCCCAAUCGGAUGACAAAACAGCGAUAAACGACGCCUUUCGGAACCUUAAACCACUUGAUAUUGAUGCUCUUCAAUGGACAAAUGUCAAAUUUGCAGCCGAGGACGGCGUGCAGAGCGACACUCUGCGAUUUUCGGAACUUGAACCUAAACACAAUGGACUAUAUGCUUGUAGUGUUUCCAAUACUUUGGGGAGGGACGUCACCUUUAUUCUUGUUGAUGUUAAAGACCGUUGGGCUGCAUUGUGGCCAUUCAUUGGAAUCGUGGUUGAAGUGACCGUGCUUGUGGCUGCGAUCCUCCUCUAUGAGCGUCAUCAGAUGCGCGCGAAGGCUCCGACAGCAAAUAAUGCGAAUAUUGAUAGUGCCUCGCCAAACGGAGCCGCGAGUGGAGGAACUGAAAGGUUAGUUUACCGUCCCUGCCUGCGACUCCGUUCAUUUUUAACAUGUAGAUUUUCUCUAGCAGCUUUCUCUUUUUUGUACAUGUCGGCUAGAAAUUCACAUCCUGUUUUUUCGUUUGUUUUGAGUUUUUUUCCAAUUAGCUUGAACCACUUUACCGUGGGUCUUUAA